AUAACAGAAUUUGCGAAUACGUUUCUCUUGCAAAUGAAUUCAAGAAUCGAGCCCCAGUGCAGCUAUUAAAAAGAAUAGGCCUAUUUGUUGUCGCUGGUUGUCGCUGAGAUUCGAACGAGGGAGGGAGGUCUGAAAUUCGCAGUGAAACGGUAGUAACCGUCAGUAACCGUAAUUCAGUCAAACCAGAACUCGGUGACUCACACUAGUCACACUCGAUAAUAUUCGACUAAUGGUUCGGCUCAUUCGGAACAUUGCAGUUAUGCUUAUUGUAAAAAAAUAAUAAUCAUCAUGACCUUCUGUAUGGUAUUUGGUUGUAAAAAUCGCCCCGAUCACAAGAAUUAUGAACAAUUAGAAGAAGAAAAAACUACAAACAAAAAAUUCUCAUUCCACUUAAGAAACGAAUGGCUUAAAACCUUAUAUUUAGAAAAUUAUAAUCUACAUAAAAGAGCUACCGUUUGUUCCGCACAUUUCAAAGAAGAAAAUUAUGAACCAAAUCAUUUAUUGCAUAAAUUAAAAAAAAAAGAUGUUUUUUCAUAUUUAUCUGAAGAGAGAAUUGCCUGCAUAAAAAAACAUCGGAAAGAUAACUCAUUGAUUAUUGUAGAAAAUACAGAAAUGUAUAAAGCAGGAACAAGUAAUAGUAUUAUAUCUAUUGAAGUUUGUGCUGAAAUUCCGACUGAAGUUCCAACAUGUAAAAUGAUGGAUCAUUCUACAAGCAUCUCUCCUGAAAGAAUAUUCAACUCGCCAAUAAGGGUCCAAUUACGACAGAAUCACGCAAGUAAAAUUAAAUCUAAAAAAAAAAAACUGUUAGGACAAUUAUAACGAGAAAAAAAUGCGGACAAAACUUCAAUCAUUGAAAAGCAUUCUAAAGAAUCUGCAAAAACAGCAUCUUAUAACAGAUAAAAGUAAUAUAUUACAACAUAUGAAAAAAGGUAUGAAAGAAUUAGUUAAACAAGAAAUAAGAAGAGACAAAAUUUACUUGUUUUAAGAGCGUAUAAAGAUAGAUUACGCCAAUUUACUUCAUCACUACAUUAUUAGUCACCUAGAGCAUACAAUUAUAUUUGAUACAAUUUUAUAUAAUUGUUUGCCACAUCUUAAAACUCUAUCGAAAAAAACUCUAUCGUUUGUUCGAUGAAGAACCUGGCGUUAAUACAGAGACUUUAGAGACUAUAAAACGGCAUGUGCGUUCUGCUUCUCAUAAAUUAAUAGGUGCACUAAUUUUUAAUGAAAUGGCCAUACGCCAAUAGAUUAUUGUAAGGAUAAAUUUGUAGGAUACGUAGAUUUUGGUAAGAAUAUAGAAUGAAUAUAAAAUAAUUGAUAAUACAAAAAUUGCCAAAGAACCGUUGGUUUUUUUGUACAGUUUGGAUGAAUCAAUUUUGGAAAUUACCUAUUGCAUAUUAUUUAAUCAAUGGUGUAAGCACUGAACAAAAACUUAACAUUUCAAUGUCUAACAAGCAAUUCAGGAAACUGGAAUGCUUAUUGUAUCACUAACGUGUGACAGCUUACGUUCUAACAUAAGUAUGUCACAGCAGCUUGGAUAUAAACUUCAACAUUGAAAUAAUUAUCAGAAUUGGUUCAACUAUCCUGCUAAUGAUACCAACGUCUACGUAUUUCCAAAUUAUAUAUUAAAGUUGGUAAGAAAUGCUCUUGGAAAAAAGAAACAAUUUCUUGAUAGUGGUGGAGAUAAAAUACAAUGGAAAUAUUUUGAAGAAUUGCAUAAGUUGCACCCUUAGGGAAA